AGCAGCUGAUCAUCACCGAGGACAAGAUCACGACCGACGGCUUCUCGGUGUGUUGCGCUAAUCCUGCACGGAAAACAGCCAUUUCUGCUCCGCUACGGACACAGACAGACACCCGGAGACCACAGAGGACGUGUCUGGUUUUAUCUGAGACAACCCGAGGACUAGAACCCCCCCCCGAGAGAAGACAAGAUGUCCGGAAAGGACAGGAUCGACGUGUUCCCCUCUAGGAUGGUUCAGACCAUCAUGAAAGCUCGGCUGAAAGGGGCGCAGACCGGACGCAACCUGCUCAAGAAGAAAGCCGACGCCCUCUCCAUGCGCUUCCGUCAGAUCCUUCGCAAGAUUAUUGAGACCAAGACCAAGAUGGGGGAGGUGAUGAGAGAGGCGGCCUUUUCUUUGGCUGAAGCCAAAUUUGCAGCUGGAGACUUCAGCACAACUGUAAUCCAGAACGUCAACAAAGCCCAAGUGAAGGUCCGAGCCAAGAGAGACAACGUGGCAGGCGUCACCUUGCCGGUGUUUGAGCACUACCAGGAAGGCGGCGACAGUUAUGAACUGACCGGUCUGGCCAGAGGAGGAGAGCAGGUCUCCAGGUUGAAGAGGAACUACGCCAGAGCUGUGGAGCUGCUGGUGGAGCUGGCCUCCUUACAGACAUCCUUUGUCACUCUUGACGAAGCCAUAAAAAUCACCAACCGCCGAGUGAAUGCUAUCGAGCACGUGAUUAUUCCAAGGAUUGAGCGCACCCUCACCUACAUCAUCACAGAGCUGGACGAGAGAGAGCGAGAGGAGUUCUACAGGCUGAAAAAGAUCCAAGAGAAGAAGAAGCAGCUCAGGGAAAGGACGGAACUGGAGAUCGCGGCGCGCCUGGCUAAGCUGGGUCCCAUCGCGGAGCCCAGCAACAUGCUGAUGGAGGAGAUGGACGAGGACAUGCUGUUCGAGUGACGCGUCCUCUCCCGGGCUGACGAGUCGCAGACAUCGCUCCAAUCAUCCUAUUUAUUCCGUGCCUCUCCGGCCACGUCUAUGUCUUAUCUUGCAAAUCGAUGAAAGCGGUUUUAUUUGUCGUUGUCGUUGAUGAUCUGUUCUGUCGUUUCGGUGCUGGAAGGUGUGUGAGCGUGUGUGUGUGUUUCCAGAUGUGUCAAUGUACAGAACCAGUGUUGUCGCACUUGAGGGAUCGGUAAUGAAAUAAUUUAAAUAAUAAUAAUCAUGUGUGUUUGAACGUGGUUUGUAAGCAACAUUAACAAGCAUCCCCAGGGUUUGGUCGACUUGUGGAUACUUUGCGCUCGGAGCCGUUGCAUGCUGUACAAGCUCAAAGGUGGUUGUAGAUUUCAAGGCGUGUGUGAGUCUGUGUUGUGGAGGUGCGUCCCACUGCUG